AUGUCAGCGGGCAGAAACGGCCACCUGUUUGCGGUUGGCUGGUCCGGUGUGCUAAAUACGUCCUCCAAUUCGGUUCACGGCCGGAUUUCAAUCGACACCCGCCUUCCCACCUCCACGGUGGCUUCCAUCCUCUACAGGGCGUCGCCCAUUGACCCGGCUCUCAAACCUGGUUCGCCUCAAGUCCGCGAAUUUCCCUACGAUUCCCCGUCCGAAGCCUCUACUACGCGUCAGCCCUCCAACGGAUCGAUACCCUUUUCUACCACGCUGCCGGAUAUCAAAAGUGUGACAAAAUUCGAGAGUGAUUACCCCAGCUCGUCCACUGUCAGCACUUCGCUUCCUGGAUUGGCAGCCCUGGCUUCUGUCGCAUCAGCACCAACCUCUAAUCUCCGAUCAUCAAGCGAUGCCAGUAUGAGCAUGGCCAACAUGACCUAUACCUCGCCCGCCGCAACCACUGGAGGGAGCCCUCCGGUUUGCCAAAAUUGCGGCACCUCCACUACUCCCUUGUGGCGACGUGAUGAACAGGGCUCAGUCCUCUGCAACGCCUGUGGACUGUUCUUGAAACUUCAUGGCCGUCCUCGUCCGAUAAGCUUGAAGACCGAUGUGAUCAAAAGUCGCAAUCGCGUCAAGACCGGUCAAGGUCCCAAGCGCAAGUCCGGCGGCCCUGUCGAUACCAAUGGCCUUCCUUCCAGAUCGGAGGCCGGAACUCCUCCUCUCGGUGGGCAUGGAUACCGCCGCGCGUCGCGUAAGAUGUCACCGGGCCAUUCCGAUCGCUCGAACUCCCCCGUAUCCCGGACCGAGACACCUGGCUUUGGCUCGAUGCACGCGCACAACUCGAAUAUCGCACCCCAGCACAUGUUCGAUAGCGUCACUCUGGGCGAUAACAUGAACUCCUCCAGCAGCCUCCCCUCGCGCCAGAUGCGCCAACCCUCCCCUUCAGCAGUCGACCGCCAACUUGACUCCCCCCACACAUUCGAAAGCCUCCUGGCCCUCAACACAUCCCUCAAGACCCGCGUCAGUGAACUUGAGUUUGUCAACGAGCUCUUCCGCGGCCGCGUGACAGAACUCGAGCAGAGCGACGCCAGCGCGCGCCGGUCGGAGAUGAUUGUACGAGACUCCGAGGUGCGUCUCCGCCGAUCCCUCGAGGACUCCCAGCGCCGCGAAGAAGAUCUCAAGCGUCGCGUCAGCGACCUCGAGCGCCAGAUCGGAACCAGCAGCGCCGGCGACGCCGAGUCCGGCGAGCCCUCCGCGAAGAAGAUCCGCCUGUCCGACGUGGUGGAAACCAGCGAGGAAGCGCAGACCAAGUCGCAAUCUCCCAAGAGCGCCUAG